CCUCGAACGGGUGGCAGUUGUAGACGUGGACCAUUUCUACAGCUCCGGUACCGGCGGUGGCUACAUCACGGAGGAGAAUCACGGAAGAGCAAACCUGUGUGAGAUAUACAGAGAUGUGGAUGCGGCCUUUCCUCUUGGUCCUGUUGGUGUGUGUGUUUUGGCAAGAUGGCAGCACCAAUCAAAUGACUGAUAAAUGCCAGGAUGCCACCGUGGUGAAGGCGGCGGAGGAAGCCCUAGAGCAGAUCAAUGCAGACAGACAGGAAGGAUAUAUCCUGACACUCAACCGAAUAUACGAUGUCAAGCUAGACAAAAAGGCAGAUGGUAUAAAUCACUUAUACCUGACCAUAGAUGUUCUGGCAACACAAUGUCAUGUGAUCAGCCGGAAGAAAUGGAAAUCCUGUGCUGUUAAGAACGUUGGUGAUUUACCGGCAUUCGGGACGUGUGAAGCCUCCGUUUCCCUUGAGAGCACGAUCAAAGUUCAGAAUUACAACUGCAGCGUCCAACAAGUGACAGCUCGAGCGAUAUUAGACGCUUGCCCCGACUGUCCUACUGCAGAACGGCUGGAUGAUCCAGUAAUUUCCGAGACCACACAGCUGGCCCUGCAGAAAUACAACAAAGAGAGCACUUUCCCACAUCUCUUUACUCUCAUCAAUAUAACAGCAGCCAGCAUGCAGUGGGUUGUGGGUCCGUCGUACUUUGUGGAGUUCAUCAUUCAAGAGAGCGAGUGCAGGAGAAACAGCUCUGAAAUUGACCUAACGCAGUGCCCACCGAAGGUCUCACACUCAGCUCUCAAGGGGUUUUGCUCUGGUUCACACAUCACUGCUGACGACACGCUGGAGAUCAAAGUUCUUGUAGAGGUUAAAUGUGAAAUCUUUCAGCCAGUGGCUGUUCAGCAAGAGGUCUCCAGACCUGCGGGAUCAGUGCAUGUCCUGUCUCCAUCCCAUGCAUCGUCUCCCAGAGCCCCCCCGGUGUCCAGCAGCUGCCCGGGGGACCGAAAACACCACCUGGGCCUGAGAAAGCUGGAUCUCUAAUUCAGACUUGAUUCAGACGGUCUGAAGAAGCACUCUAGAUGUUCAUUAUGUCAUGAGUAUUAGCUGGAGUACCCACCAGCCUGACUAGAGGGCACUCCAGCUAUAUGUACGCUCCACUAGUCAUUCACCCGGACUACACAUCCCAUCAUGCUUUGCACCGAUUACCAUCUACAGCUGUAAACAAUCUGGACUCUUACACAGCUGCAGGUAGUAGUUUCAUGUUAGACAUUAUCAAGCCUGCUCCUUGUUUUUCUAUGUUUUGGUCUGUCUUGUAUCCGCCUUUGGACUAGUGGUGGUCAGAACUUGGCUUCAUGAGACAUUGAUAUAGUUAAAGGAAAUGUGUCGAGGCUUCAAAACGUUUCGAAAAGCUAGCUGGCAGUAGGUUCUGUUAUGUUCCUCUGUGUCGAGACUCUAUGCAUUGUUUUGUUUUCUGAAUGCUACCUUAAUGUACAAGUAGCUCAAACUCGGUCAUUCAGAGGCAGGAACCGGCAGACGUGCAACAGCUUUAAUCAUGACGUAAACACAAAACAAAUGUUUCCAUCUGGAGCUCCUUCAUGGGACUUGACACUUGUAAACAAUCGCUCCAUUGGGCUCAUGGUUCUCAGCACCGCCCACACUCGGCACAGUUACCAAGCCAACCAAUCACAGAGCUUGCGCUACGCGUUGUUGCGAAGUGUAGUUAAAU